AUGCAGCUGAGUUCUGAAAACCCCCAUGGAAAUUCAAAUGAAACAAUGUCAAACAAUCAGGUUGAAGAUCUGGAUACCGAUGAAAACCCAGAUUCUUUCCUAGAUGGGUCUGUCAUGGAGAAGAUCCUCCAGAGGCGAAGCUUGCGCAUGCGAAAUAUGCAGAGAGCUUGGUUGGUAAGGAAAUAUUCGCCGUUGCUCCUCGGCGUUGGAUGUACAGAGAAAACAGAUUGGCCACGCUCUAACUAUAUGGGUGAAAUGGCCAUAUCACAGUCUUUAUCCGAAUACAAUAGUUCUUCAAUAUCCAUGCCUUGUUUUCCUACAACUUUGAGAUCACAUAGUCUCCCUUCUGGUUUGAAUGAAGUUUCAGCCGGACCUGUUGCUUCUUGUGACCAAAAUGACUUGAUGUGGGUACAGCCUAUAGAUAUAAAUGGUUUGAAGGGGCAGCUGGUACAGUUGCUUGAACCGUCAGGAGGAUAUCUGUCUCUUACUCGUGUACAUGCUGAGUACCAGAAAAUUUUUGGGAGGCCUCUUUACAUUUCAGAAUACGGGGCAGUCAAACUUGUGAAUCUUCUCAAGAAAGUGACGCCUUGGUUUUGGUAA